GUUGCCUUCCCCGACACAACUCUUGUCUGCCUACUGAGAUAAUCGCCAGAUGCCCUUCUCCUGAUGCCAGUUUUACUCUGGAGCCAUGUUUGUGAUCAUGAAAAGGACCAGAUUGAUAUCAGUGUUAAGAAAGACUACUCGUCAGCACACCAGUUGGACAGGAGCACCGAUGAGGCAUCUUUAGAUCUUGUGCUUUGCACGAUCCCCGUAGCAUGCACGUAAGCACCUAAGAACGAAGCAGAAUGGCUCAGCAAGGAAACGUGAGCGAUCUCCUCACCAUGCUUGAUUCUCCGGUCCUGGCGGUCCUGGAAGACAUCACGGCUGCCUUUAGAGAGAACCUAAAUGCAGACCGGGGGCCUGUGCUCGUAAACACGUUGGUGGAUUACUACCUGGAAACUGGCUCCCAGCAGGCCUUGCACAUCCUGUACACACUUCAAGAACCGCACGACAAGCACCUUCUGGACAAAAUCAACGAAUACAUGAGUAAACCCACCACCCGCCUUCCUACUCUCUCCCUUCUUGGUCACGUGAUAAGACGCCAACCCUCUUGGAAGCACAAGCUUUCUCAAGCGCCUGUCCUGCUUUCGUUGCUCAAGUGUCUCAAGACUGACACCGAUGUAGUGGUCCUUACUACAGGCGUGCUAGUGUUGAUAACCAUGCUGCCCAUGAUCCCCCAGUCCGGGAAGCAGUAUCUUCACGACUUCUUCGGCAUCUUUGGCCGCCUUUCAUCCUGGUACUUGAAGAAUCCAGGUCAUGUGGCAGAGAUCUACUUAGUCCACCUCCAUGCCAGCGUUUAUGCCCUUUUCCAUCGCCUUUACGGAAUGUACCCCUGCAACUUCGUCUCUUUCCUGCGCUCCCAUUAUAGUAUGAAGGAAAACCUGGAGACCUUUGAAGAGGUGGUCAAGCCAAUGAUGGGAUAUGUCCGCAUCCAUCCAGAGCUAGUGACCGGCUCGAAGGAUCAUGAAUUGGACCCUCGAAGGUGGAAGAGAUUGGAGACGCAUGAUGUUGUGAUAGAAUGUGCCAAAAUCUCCCUGGACCCGGCCGAAGCAUCUUACGAAGACGGCUACUGUUCCAUGUCCCAGCAGUCGUGCUUGCCCUCGCAACAUCGCCCGGCCAAUCCCGUAGCCAGCCCGUACAUUGCGUCGCAGAGUAGCUUUGGAACAUCGACUCCUUAUUCUUCUUCUCGGCAAGCACUGUCACAAAUGUCAGGGCACCUACCUCAGAUUUUGAACUCUCAGUCCACCUGUCUGCCAGCUGAGCCUCAGCAGGAGGAGAGAACGGAUACCGGGAGGCCUUCGUUAUCCCGACAGCAAAAUAUAAACAGCGUAAGAACUUUAGACUCCCACGGCAGUAAAAAUUCGGUAACUUUAAGUGAUCUUCCCAGCAUCUUAGGGGAUCUGGAGGCCUCUUUUGAAGACAGCGUUGAGAAGGACAGAGAGGAAGAUGCCAUAUCAAAAGAAAUCUUCGAGAUCACGACGGGAGAUGUUGAGCCGGUGGUGCCUCGGGGAGGUUUCGACUCUCCUUUCUACCACUCCAACGAGAGUCUCUCCAGCUCUAAGAAAUCCCAGCUGUCAGCCCCGGGCGCUCAGGGGCAGAGCCAGAGCUCGGAAGCCCUGGCGUCCUCCCUUCUGGACCCGUCUGGCUCGGAAGGCGUGCGGGACACCCCUAAGCAGACCUUCACCCCCAUCGACCGGCCUAGCCGUGACCCGGACGAGAACGCUUCCGGCCACAGGGACGACCGGGGUUCUCUGGAGCCCGGCAUUCUCGCUCCGAGCCCUUGCAAGAUUCCAGCCCGCCAACGGAUGGGGUUCGGGAGCUCGCCGUCCCCGGAUUACGAGCACCUGUUCGAGAUGGCCAUGCCCAAGACGGCCUAUCUGUUUGUCAGCAAAAAGACCGAAGAGCUGCUGAAGAAGGCCAAAGGGGGUGCCAACGAAGACGGUGCCCUCUCCACCUCCCCCUUGGAAGUCCUCGACCGGCUGAUCCAGUACGGCGCGGACGCCCACAGCAAAGAGCUGAACAAAUUACCCCUGCCCAGCAAAUCAGCUGACUGGACCCACUUUGGAGGUUCCCCUCCUUCGGACGAGAUCCACACUCUGCGGAACCAGCUCCACCUGCUGCACAACCAGCUGCUGUACGAGCGCUUCAAACGGCAGCAGCACGCGCUCCGCAACCGGCGCCUCUUGCGGAAGGUGAUCAAGGCCGCCGCCCUGGAAGAACACAACGCAGCUAUGAAAGACCAGCUGAGGCUCCAGGAGAAAGACAUCCAGGCCUUAAAGCUCAGCCUGCAGAAGGAACAGGCGAAGAACCGCACCUUCCAGGAGGAGCACGACCGAGUGGUGUCCCAGCUUCACAACCAGAUCCGCCAGCUGCAGCACGAACGGGAGGAGUAUUACAACCAGAACCAGGAGCUGAAGACCAGACUGGAAGAAUGCCAUAGCACGAUUGCGGAUCUGCGGCUGGACCUCAAGAAAGCCAGCCACAAGGUGUGUCACACGGAGCUGCUGCUGAGUCAGGUUUCUCAAAAGCUCUCUAACAGCGAGUCGGUCCAGCAACAGAUGGAAUUCUUGAACAGGCAGCUUCUGGUGCUCGGGGAGGUCAACGAGUUAUACCUGGAGCAGCUUCAGCACAAGCACACGGACACAACAAAGGAAGUAGAGAUAAAGCAGACCGCCUUUCGGAAGGAGUUGGAGCGAGCCAAGUCUUGUGUCCAGCAGCAAAGUCAGCAGCUGGAAGCAUCUCAGAGGCGAAUCGUCGAACUGGAAUCUCAGCUCACAAAGAGAGACCACCUCCUGCUGGAGCAGAAGAAGUACUUGGAGGAUGUGAAAUUGAAAGCCAGGGACCAGCUCCAGGCCGUCGAGAGCCGGUACGAGGGCCAAAAGAAGAUCUCGCAGGCCUUUGAGAUGAAGAUCUUAAAGCUGUACGGUCAGCUGGAGAACUACAGGUUGCUGAAGAACGCGGACGACAAGAAAACGGAGCCAGCGGACUCGACGGAAGAAAGGCUGGCCGUCGGGAGCGACAGCGGCGGCCCGAACGCCGUCGCAGGGCGCGGUGGAGAAACGGCGGAUCAGAACGGCGAGACCAAACCUCCCAGCCCCCGGGGCAGCCGGAGCAACAGCAGCGACGUGCCCGCCCCGGAAAAGCCCCCCUCCGGGCCGAGAGCCGGGCAGUUCAGCAACCGCUGGGAGGUCUCGGCCCUGCUGGAGGCUCCCCCCAGCAGUGGCGGGGGCGGCGGCGGGGGCCAGCUGAUGGUGGGCUCCUUCCCGAGCUCCGAGAGCUUCCUGGGAAUGAAGGCGCGGGAGCUGUUUCGCCACAAGAGCGAGAGCCAGUGCGAGGAGGACGGGGCGGCCAUCAGCGGCCUCUGCGACACGUUGAAGACCGAACUGUGCAAAGAGUUCCGGCCGGACGCCAAGGCCCUCCCUUCCCCGGAGGACCCCGUUUCCCCCUCCCGAAGGAAUCAAGAAGGCAGCGUGGGGCAGCUUCACAUAAUGGACUACAACGAAUCGCAUCAUGGCCCUAGCUAAAAAGGAAGCGGGUCGAAAUCAGUGUUACUUUUCAUAUUCUUGGCAUAGAACAGGGAGGGCUUGAUUGCACGUUUUAACUAAAAGCUUUCAGGUUUUUUUUUUCCUUCCUUCCUUUCUUUCUUCUGGAGCUCCCUCGGCUCGGCGCGACGGGGCCCGGGACUUCUCGGUCACUCGGACUCAGCUGGAG